GGGCGCUUUCAACUCACGAGCUAGCUUGAGAACUCCAAUAAAGUUAGAUUGAGAACAAGCUUGCCAAAAAAUGGGUUUCCAUCUGAUCCUGACUUUCGACUGUACCUAGCAUCAGAAAAAAAGAGAGAGCUCUCCCUUGUCAUCCGUGUAAAGAAUGUCUGCUGUCAGGAAACUACUCAGCGUGACAUCUGCUGAAGUCAGAAACAUACCUUGGAGUACAGUCUUUUCUCGUCAGCAUGCCCCCCUAACUCGUUGCUUGAACAGUUCAGCAAGCCACCAGUCUCAUCGAUACCUGGUCACUCUGAAUGCAGCUAUCUUUCCACACUUCCAAAUCUCAACGUCUCCAACAAAUGCAUCUCAAUUUCCAUCCCUCGUCUCAGCAUCGUCAUUCCACUCUUCCAGAUGUCGACAAAAAAAACAUGUCACCAAGAAGCUGAAGGGUCAAGACUCUCUACCAAGCAGAAGAAGAAGCCAGGAUGAGGAUGAUGGGUCCUCCUCGGACUUUGAAUCUGACUGGGACGCAAUCCUCUCGCAGGAGGACCCGAUCAAAGAUGUCGACCCCCCUCCUCUCGGAGGUCAUCGCUUCUUUGUCCUUCAGCCCGACUUAAGACGCGGCCACGGAGCGAAGCGCCACAUGCACCCUGAUUUGCAACUUGAGGAGGCCAUUGCCCUGGUGGAGACCAUUCCAGAUUGGACGGUCGUGGACAGCUUGGUGCAAGCCGUUAAGGACCCUGCCAAGAAGUUUGUUUUCGGGAAGGGGACGUUUGCCGAACUAACUAAGAUUAUCCGCUCACGGCUGGAGAUCACAGGCGUUUUUCUGAGUAUUGAUAGACUUAGCGGGGUGCAACAGAGGGAGCUGGAAGAUGCUUGGGGAGUACAAGUCUUUGACAGAUACGCCGUUGUUCUAAAGAUUUUUAAAGACCAUGCCCGCACAAGAGAGGCCCAAAUGCAGAUUGCACUAGCAGAGAUUCCAUACCUCAGAUCCCGUCUCAGAAGACAAAAUGACAACAUGGACCAGCAAAGAGGUGGCCACUCUUUCAUCAGUGGGGGCGGAGAGACCUUCUUAUCAGUUCAGCAACGAGUCUUGAAAGAGCGGGAGCAGAAAGUCAGAAAGGCGCUGGAUCAGCUGAAGAUGAAGCGAAGUUUACUGCGAGGAGGAAGGGCUCGGAGAAACUUCCCCAUCGUUUCUGUGGUGGGAUACACCAAUGCUGGGAAGACCACCCUAAUCAAAUCCCUGACUGGAGAUGCAACAAUGCAGCCUAAGGAUCAGCUCUUUGCAACGCUGGAUGUGACUGCGCACGGAGGUACCCUCCCUAAUAGAAUGCCUGUUAUCUACAUGGACACUGUUGGCUUUAUAUCUGAUCUACCUCACAGUCUCGUAGCUUCAUUUGCAGCAACGUUGGAGGAUGUGCUUCUCUCUGAUAUUAUCGUUCAUGUUCGUGACGUUAGCCAUCCAGACAGUGUAGCACAGAAGGAGAAGGUCCUUCAGGUUUUGGCUGAGUUAGGCGUGCCCGAGACACUCAUGGACAAUAUCGUUGAAGUCUGCAACAAGGUCGAUAAAGUUGAAGGGCCAAUUGAUGAGGAGCUUGUAGAAUCAGGAAUACAAACAUCUGCUGAGACAGGCUCAGGUUUGGACAAACUUAAAGACUGCCUCCAGAAGAGAAUUCUUGAGACUACUGACAUCACUGGCUGUCAGUUGGAAAUACCAAUGAGUGGUUCCCAUUUAAGUUGGUUAUACAAGGAAGCCACAGUAACAUCAACAGAAAAAGGAGAUGAUGCCGAUAUGCAGAUGAUGAAAGUGAAUGCCAUCAUGAGCGUCUCAGCCUUCGCCAAGUUCAUUGCAAAGUUCGGUGAUCUAAGAACAACUGUCGUUGAGAAGGAAAAGUCAUGAAGUAUUUUCUCAAAAGAAAACAAAAUUCAUGCAUGAAUCAUUUCUCAGAUUUAUGAGGGUUGGUGUUCAUUCGUGAAUGCUGUAUUCAGCGAUGUGGUUUGUAUCCGCUGUCACCUGGCUAAGCGUGGAUGGAUUUGACGUUCUUGUGAGAGUACUGGGGAAGUUUAUUGCUGUAGUCAGCUGAACUUGAGCAUGUUACCUUUUAUUGUAUUUUUCUUGAUAAUUUGCCUGUAAAAAUCAGCUUUACGACAAAAAUAUAUGACAAGGCAUCAAGGCACUGCCUGAUACAAUAAAGAUAUGUCCGUGCAGGGUUUACACUAGACUUGUGGACAAGUCAUUAAAUGUCUGUCGCGGUCUGUCGCGGUGAUAGCGUUCCUACUCUCCCCGCAAUUUCCGCAGUAUUCUUACGAGACUGCUGGCCCGCGAGACUACUGCUCUCACAAAAACGGUCCCAUUUGGGAGCAGAAGUCGGGCAAUCAUCAGUUUGCGCGAGAGUAGUGAUCUCGCGAGACACCGACACAACUCGACUAUCUCACAGCGUGGGACCAUUAACGACUUGUCCACAAGUCUAGGUUUACACUCAUGCUUGGUAUGAUUGGUAUGGUAAAGAUAAUUCCCAACCCUCCUAAAAAUGGCCUAGGACUGGCUCCCUCCCCAGCUCUUCACGUGGAAUAGUCCAGUCUAGGAUACCAAGGAUGUUAAACUUGCUUUAGUUAUAGAAACCGGGGUAAAAUGAUACAUAUAACUUAUAAGGACAGGUGGCUCCUAACUUUAAACAGUCAUUAUAUUCUACGUCAAUUAACCAUGCAUUUUGUUAGUUCAUGUUGCAUUUUCAUCCCAUCCUGUUUUAUAUUGCCUGCAAGACCACACCAUGGGUUAAAUAUAAGCAGUUCAAAAUGCCCCUAGUGAUUGCAAGUAGAGUCUUGCAGUUUGGUUAUCCUUACUUUAUUAGCCUCCAAUCAGAGUGACACAAAUCUGCUUGGAUGUUUUCUAAAACUUGUGGUUGUUUCACAUUCUUGCAAUGGAUUGAGUGAAUAUUUUCACUUGUUGAAAUGAUGGAAUGUGUUUCAAGCUGUUGAAAUGAUGGAAUAUGUUUUAUAUUUUAAGCUGAUGAGAUAUUGUUUAAUAUUGUGCUUCUAAAUACUCAUUGUUUGUACACUCACUAUCAUUGGGUAGUAGGACAUACAGCAAGUAUAGCCGGGAAGGCAGACUAAGAAAUUUAAAAUAAAACAUUGAAAAUGUGA